UUCUCCUCCUUUACAUCCAGGACUACCUUAUGAAGAGCUCAUAGAAGCUUACAGUCGAGAUUUCUAAGGAAAAGAGACAGGUGAGACUGAAGCCAAUGUGGUGUUAAGAAGAGGCAGUGAUGUCUUCAUUGCAAAAGGAGGAGGAAAAUGCAAAUGGUCAACAUAAUAUAGGGCGGGGUUUGGCAGAGUCACACAUUCCUGACAGGAGUACAGGACACCCCCCACCAGACUCAUCACCUCCACUGGCAUCCUCUUCAGGAGCCAGACCAGAGACCGAGGCACAAUGUACAGCAGCACAAUAUUCAGCCGAAGCAUAUGGAAACACAGCCGCAGGUCAGCCUGCAGUGAGUGGACCAUAUGCAGGACAGCCAACACUCCUUCAGCAGACAUCAGCACAUUCUACACAGCAGAGUAUCAUGAUGAGUCCAGGCCCAUCAGCCGGAGACUCAAAGGGAAUUAAAACAGGAGACAAACAGUUUGGAGAUUAUGAAGCAGGUCAGCCUGCAAUGCGUGGACCAUGUGCAGGACAGCUGACACCCCUUCAGCAGACAUCAGAAAAUUCUACACAGCAGAGCUUCAUGACGAGUCCUGGUCCAUCUGCUGGGGAAUCAAAGGAAAUUAAGACACAAGAGGCAAAAGUUGGAAAAGUCAAGGGCAACAAAGCAUAUCAGCAAGAUGGCAUGUAUCGUUCAGAGAAUGAUGCUGAUGAAUUUAUGGAUACUUCAGAUGGAAGUGAAGUGGAUCACCCUUCCAAUACAUACUUUCCACAGGAACAAUGUCAAGAUCUGAGUGAAACAGCACCUGGCAUUCUCACUUUGAAGUUUAUUGCUAUUCUACGUCAGGGUAUCCGUCUUGAACACCAGGACUUCUUAUUUUUGGCUUUUGAAAACGGGCCAAAAAUACGUAUGGAGAUGGUUGGCUGGCAUGAGGGGAUCGGUUCCGUGUUUAGUGGUUCAGUUUCCAUAUUUAAAGAAGGAGGAUCCCCUGCCUACACUUACAUCCUCUCAAAGAAUGGUAAAGAGGAAAUGGAAGAUGUUACAACAAAAGCAUGGUAUGACUUCUUUAAAGGUUUUGCGUACCGAAGACUGUUCAGAAAUAUUGAGGACACUGACAAAGUUCUUUACCAGUUCGAUGACAUUUGCAUGAAGGACCCGAGUUGGAUAGGCAAAACUACAAAGAUUGACGUUGUGCGAUUCAGCUUCCUUAAGACUGCAAUGCUCCAUUUGAUGAACUGCUCUAAUGCAGACUUUCCUGACUUACAAAACACAUUAAAAUGUUUUGAGAGUUGUCUAAAGAGAAGAGUGAUUUAUGGCCCAAAUUGGAAGGAUGAGAAUAUACUCCCACAUACUCCCAAGAACCUUACAGUGGCUCUUGCAAUAGCUCUCGAGGAUGCAGUGCAGAUGCAGUACAUCCAGUCACCAAUUCAAAAGGUUCUGGUGGCUGCAGUCAUUGCUAAGCAACUUGGACUUCACCUUAACAAAAACACAAUUGAACAUGUUUCCAAAAUUGUGAAAAUGAAUGGCAACCUUCAAGGGACUCUCACAGGCCUUGAUGACUCAGUAUGCGCUUGCUUCGCCAGUGCUGUACAGUAUGUUGUAAACAUGACAAAGAAAUUGUCACCAAAGUCACCAAAGGAAGUUGUGUGGCUUGCAGCUCUGUUCUAUGCUGUCUGUCCAACAGAGUAUAAACAGACGCUUGACAUCAGUGGGCUUGACUAUAGCUCAGCAAAAGGAGAUCUGGUAGAAAUUGUUGCCACCUUUUCAGUGAAGAUGGGAAAUCAGAGGGCAUUUGCGUCUACAAUUUUAAAGACAUUUUCUCCAAGAGAUGGUGAUCCACAGGUUUUGUCCAAACUGAACCUUUCACCAAAUGAUCUCUUGGAGCAGUUAUUAAAAUGGUGCGGUCUUCAUGAAUUCCAUACUUUGCAUGAGGUGAUUGAAAUAAUAACCUCAAUGAUCAAGCCAUGGGUGGAAUCAAGUUUACAUAGCAGUGUUUCCCUUGACAAGGUGAAGACCGACAUUCUGUCCUGUUUGGAGCUAAUGAUGAAAAUCAUUCAGAAGUCAAAUACCCGAUGGACACAUCACAUUAAGAAUGUCUACUCAGUUCUGCAACUGUUAAACUCAUUCAGUGGCUGUCUGAACUGUAUUGAAGGUGAUAAGCAUUUGCAGCCACUAAGAAAAGCUACUCUUUCUGACAUCAUUCCUCGUAUGAUAACAUGCAUCAGAAAGACGCUUUUUGGCUCACAACUGGCACUUGAGGACUGGACCAGACUAUAUGAGAUGACAUCUGAUAUAUGGCAGGAUGACUGGGAGAAGAACUUGACAGAAUUAUUCAUAGACAAACUCCAAAACGAGAGCAAUUUUAAGAUUGUUGAGCUCUAUGCGAAGUCUUCACAUUGCCCACAUGCAAUGCAUGAUUGUUUGUCCAGACAUGCCACUAAAGCUAUCCAAAUGCUUUAUAGCAAGGAUAACAAGAGAAAUAUGGUCUUGAGGAAUCAACAAGCAUUGGGAGGUCUUAUCAAAACUGUGUCGACUUGCCAAGGAUACGGAAAAUUGAUGAGUCUGAUCAUUGAAAAUAUAUCUCAAGACAGAAAAUGGCACCCCAAUGACUACCAUUAUGUACUAUAUGAUGUCCAAAUAACUGAGCUUUUCGAAACUUUGGCAUUACGGCAGAGGGAGGAGGCCAACUACAGGGAGCACCUCUCAUCAAAAGCAAAUGAGUUCAUACAGGACACUUUCACAUUUCUAGACAAGUUGCCAGAAUACAUCAUCAGCAAGUCAAUCUCCUGCCAACAAAUGGCAGUUAUAAUUGAAAAGAAAAAGCAACCCAACACAUAUGCUAUUCUCAUGGGGCAAAACAUGAAACCCUACCAUGAAGCACUGCAAGAAGCAGAGAAGGAUUUCAGGUCUUUCAGAGAAAUGCAGUGCAAAAUGAGGGCUCUCUACAAUAUCUGCCAAGGAUCACCAGUGGAAUCACUGCAACUUAAAUCAACAAUGUCAUUGGAUUUGACCACUGAGAAAAGUGGUUCUCUGAAAGACAUGAUGGAAAAGCUGUCCCUAAAAUCAGAAGAGUCAGAAGAGUUCAACAUCGAGAUGUUUGAUAAUAUUGGUGUUCUAUCUGAUAGCACAUAUUUCAAACAGAUUUGGAGGAAGAUAGCAAAAGAUGUUGACUUAUCAGAAUUUGAGGAAGUAUCUUUAAUUCCACUGAAUCAAGUCUACAGUCUAAUUUAUCAACCAGCAGUAGAGGAAUUCAAGCAUUCCCAUGAAAUGCUGAUGAACCUGUCAAUGACUCUUGAAGACUUGGUGGAUAAAAUGGGGAAAUUCCUGAAGAAAGAGGUCCAUAUUAUGAAGGAAUUGGACCACAUGAACACAUUUUUCAGGGAGGACUCCAAACCUGGUUGGGUUGAAAAUACAUUGGAACACAUUAAAUGGUACCAAGAGCUUUGCUCUGCGGUUGAGAAUGCAAAAGUGGUCAAUGAUCUCAAGGACAGUCUUGGUCUAAAAGGAGAUUUCUGUGCUAUUGGAAACCUUCAAGUAAUGAGUCAUACGUGUUUGUGUGAUCUGACACUAGAGAUGCACAAAGCAGGAGAAACAGUGAAGAGAUUUCCACCCAAUGUCAUCAAUUUCCUGAAGGAACUAAGCCUAUGCGUGGAAAAAGGAUUCAUAUCUUGGAUCAAAGAGAUCAUAAAAGACACUGGAGAGCUAUCUGCAUUUGUGGAGCUGGCGUCGAUCUCUGCUGGAGAAAAUGCUCUGGAUAUUGACAAAGUGUGCUACUUCAGAGAUGCCAUUUCUGCUGCUGCACCCCUCAUUUAUGGAUUAACUGAAAAGUCUGGAUUCACUGAAUUCAGCGAUGCAGUCGCAGACGUUCAGUCAGAACUUCAAAAUGACCAAACACUUGAGGAAAAGCUGAGAGACUCCUGCAAGAACAGAGACUGGCUCGAGAUAGCGUAUGAGACACAUGGAUCUGUGGAGAGGUCAUCUUUGCGUCAAGCAACAGAUAUAAAUGAAAAUGGAAUCUACACCAUCAGAAGACCUCUGGGGCAAACCAUGGUGACCCUGGAAAAUUGCAUUGCCCUAAAAUGUAAAGAAGUGGGUACAGAUGGAAAUAGUAAAUAUAGGUAUUACAGCCUGACUGAACUCAAGGAACUCCAGAACAAACUAAUGCUGAUCACGGUCACUCAUGACAACAGAGAAGAUGGCAUCACGCGUUACGUGGAGGUAUUGGAGCACAUAAUCAAUGUCGGAACAUCCUUCCUUGAACUCUGUGAUGCUGGUCAUGUUCUUUUCAAAGACUGGGAGAUGGCUGCCUACUGUGAGCGUGAGCGUGAAACUAAAGUCUGGGUGAACUUUGGGGUCACCAAUGUGGAACUCAAAGGACAAAGACCUCUGCUGAGGGAGCUGAGGGAACUCUGUGACAGCAUGAAUUGUUGCCUCUCAGAAUGGCUAAAGUAUGUGGAGACAAAGCGAAAUAAAUACUAUUCCCUGAAUUGUUUCACAGCAAAACAGCUGGUGAAUCUGUGUUGCUCAAUGGCAGACGUACAACACAAAGACAAGAUUAGUGCUAGUCUGCUCAACAUGUUGUCCAUCAUGAAAGAUGACAUCACAGACGAAGAUGUAAAAGAUGCUCUUAAAAAUGCGCUCCAGACCCCAGUUGAAGACAGUGGAGCUCAAGGUUCAGCCCACCUCAAAAAGUUUCUUCACAUUUACCCAGACCACAUAGAAUAUUUCAUAGGGUUUGGACUUCCUGAGGAAGUGGGCAAGGCAGGAAUAAUGUAUUGUGAAUGGCAAGCACACGAGGGAGGGAGAAGUCCAGAAGAUAUUGAUGAAUAUCGAGAUUUUGUGAUGGAACAUAUUGAUGAGCAUCAAGAUGAUGAUGACUGGGUCAGAGAAUGGAGUGAAAAAUAUGAAAAAGCAAAAGAUGAUGUGCUUGAUAGUCAGAUGAAAUUCAAAGGGGGGCACUCCUCUGAUCAACUGUCAUCUUUUGCAAUGACACAGGAUGAGAUUUCAGCAAUGUUUGAAAACUUAAUCUACACCAAUGAAAAGAUUGUGAUGCUUUGGAAGACAUACCACAACAAACUCUCAGGACUUGUGUCAGAUAAAUUUGUGGAUUUAGAUGUGCUGGGAGAAACCAUACAGCAUAUAGCUAAUUCAGCAACAGCCAUAGUGCAAAGAAAACUACCAUUUGGUUUGGAAGCUGGAAAACCAAAUCUCAUUUGCUCUAAAUAUGUUGAAAUGGCACCACUUUGUCUGUCAGUGUACAAAGAUGAAGAACAGCCUCUGCCAAGCUAUGACGAGAUUCUGAUCUGCACUCCUGAGACAACAGCAGAGGAGGUGGAGCUGAUCCUCAGACGAGCUCUCCAGUCUGACAGUAACCAUGAGAAGAUCUACAGCUUGCUGAAUGCAGACAAACUCAAUCAUGAGGUCUCAAGAAAACUGGAGUCCAUGUUCUACAAACUAUCGAAAACGCAAGAUAGUACAGCCACAGAAAAUUACAGAUUGAUAAUUUGUUGUGAUUUAAAAGCCAGUCAUAGUUAUGUUGCUACUGCCUUUGACAAUUACAAAAGAACACUUUCGGAGAACCCACACCGUAAUGCAGAGAUUAAACAGUACCUCAAGGCUCAACACGAAUUGCCUCCUGGGGCUGAAAGGGGAUUCGGAAAAUUACACUGCUUUCACCGUUUUCCACAAAGGACCAAACUUGUCUUCUCAGAGCAUGCUGGCAUGGGUAAAUCACUUUACGUGAAAAGUCUUGUGAAUGCAAUGAAAGAACUGAAAAAGGAAGGCUUCACCCAUGAAACCAUCAGACUCACUGAAUCACAGCUGAGACCAGAACACAUUAUCCAGGAGUUUCAGACAUAUGAGGACAAGCCCACUGACACAGUGCCAAGGAUAUUCCACUUUGAUGUCCCCCCUGUGGUAUCCAAGGGCCUUUACUCAUUCCUGCUCCAGCUGUUUGUGUUGAGAUGCUUUCAGAGCCCAGAUGGAUCCAUGUGGAGGUGCAACAACUCCCAUGUGUACUUGGUGGAAUACACAAGACGAACAAGCAGAGAAUGUGACCGACAUAACUCUGAGAUUCCCAUCAAAAUGGAAGAGGCAUUUCUGGAAAUGUUCCCAAAUGUCAAAUGCCUGUCACCAGCAGAGACACAGAAGUACCUGUCUGAAGGAGGGUCAUCUGAUGAGGAGUAUCAGUCAAUGGAUCAGGCAGAAUUUUCCAGUGAAGCCUUUCAGCGGACAUACCAAUACUUCAAAAGAUAUGAACAGAACCAGCUAGAGAAUUUCUCGUUUGAAUGUUUUUCAUGUGAGGAUACCCCUAAGGAGUGGUUACAAUGCCUUAUGCGUUACUGUGAUAACAAAACACCCUCAUGGGGAGAACUCAGAAACUUCACACACUUCCUCAACAUGCAGUUAAAGAAAUGUGAGCAGUCAUUUUUCUGCAGUGACAUCUUAAGUCAAGACCUUACUGGAUUCAAAAAAUUUGUUGUUAAAUUCAUGAUAACAAUGUCCAAGGAUUUCUCCAUGCGAUCACUGAUGAUAAGUGACGAAAGUACAGAGAAAGAAAUGAACACAGGUGAAGAUAAUGAUCUACAAGAAUUCCAACUCAGAAGACGUUGGGAACAACAAGCUCACCCCUACAUUAUGUUUAAUGCUGACAACAAUUCCAUGACAUUUCUGGGAUUCCACAUUCAUAACUUGGAUGCAAUCGAUUCUCGGACUGGAGAAAUUGUAGAACAGAAGGUGAUUGACAGAGUGCUUUUUCACCAGUUGCGGACACAAAGGGUUCCAUUUAAUAUAGAUUUUGAGAGACUUCCACGGAAAGAUCAGCUGGACAUCAUAAGUAGAGUUCUAGGUGUCAUCAAUGUCAUAGAUCCAGAUGACACCUACCAGCUGACACUUGACAAUGUGAUGAAAAUCCUUGCCAUUCAUCUGCGAUUUGAGUCUGACAUCCCUGUCAUCAUCAUGGGUGAAACUGGAUGUGGGAAAACCCGAUUGGUGCAGUUCAUGUGUGACCUCCUUAGGUCUGGGAAAAAAGGCCAAAAUAUGAUCGUGGUGAGGGUUCAUGGAGGCACAACAUCAGAAACAAUUUACAAAAAAGUUAAAGAGGCUGUUGAGAUUUCAAAGCGAAAUGAGGCUCUAGGAAUGGACACUGUUCUGUUUUUUGAUGAGGCAAACACAACAGAAGCUGUGAAUGCAAUCAAGGAAGUUAUCUGUGACAAAUCUGUGAAUGGACAACCAAUUGAUGCACGUCGUCUAAAAAUCAUUGCAGCAUGCAAUCCCUAUAGGAAGCAUUCGCAGGAAGCCAUUGAACAACUGGAGAAAGCUGGUCUCGGGUACCGAGUCAAGUCUGAGAAUACAGAAGAGAAACUAGGACAGAUUCCAAUGAGGCAGCUGGUCUACAGAGUUCAGCCUUUACCUCCAAGUCUUUCACCACUUCUCUGGGACUUUGGAAAAUUAAAUGAGAAGACACAAGAGCUGUACAUCCAACAGAUGGUUAAAACUUUUUUCCGAAAAGAAAAUCUUCCAAAAGAGUACGAGUCCCUAUUCACAAAGGUUAUCUCUGCUUCUCAGAUGUAUAUGGCUGAUCUAACUGAUGAAUGUAGGAUGGUCAGUCUGAGAGACAUUGAGCGCUGCAUGAAAACAGUUAUGUGGUUUUAUCAGCAAAAGGUCACAUUAUUCCCUGAAAUGGACAAACACAGUACCAAUAUAGGUGUACAUGAGUUGGUUCGGUCCCUCAUCCUUGCAAUAGGAGUUUGCUACUUGGCAUCUCUUGAAAAUCGUGAAGAUUACCUGGAAAAAGUUGCUAAGGAAUUACAUUUGACUUCUGAGGCUAUCAGCACUGAGAUAGAGUCAUGCAAGAAAGUGUUCAUUGACCAUGUUGACUGUCCAGAUUCUGUGGCAAAGAAUGAUGCCCUGAAGGAAAAUGUGUUCAUGAUGGUUGUUUGCAUGAAUUUGAGAAUUCCAUUAUUCCUUGUUGGAAAACCUGGAAGUUCCAAAUCAUUAUCCAAGACUAUUGCUGCUCAUGCAAUGCAGGGGAAAAGUUCCCAAAGUGAACUCUUCAAAGGUUUCAAAAAAGCCCAGCUUGCCUCCUUUCAGUGCAGCCCUCACUCCUCCCCUGAUGGCAUCAUCUCUGUGUUCAGACAGUGUGCACAGUUUCAGAGGGAGAAGAAUCUAGAUGAAUAUGUGUCUGUGGUGGUCCUUGAUGAAAUUGGAUUGGCAGAAGACUCCCCAAAGAUGCCUUUGAAAACACUGCACCCACUUCUGGAAUUUGGUUGCAUUGAUGACGAGCAACCAGAAGACUUCAAAAAGGUUGCAUUCAUUGGGAUUUCUAACUGGUCUCUGGAUCCAGCAAAGAUGAACAGAGGAAUUCUAGUCCUGAGAACAUCUCCAGAAUUCGAAGAGUUGCAAAACACAGCUCUUGCUAUAUGUCCCCAUGACGAGGAGAACAUACUCUCUGAAAUUGAGAUACUCAUUGCUUCACUGACUGAGUUUUACCAAAAAGUGCUCUCUGAACAGGAACAAUUUGGUGAAUUCUUUGGACUAAGGGAUUUUUACAGUCUUGUUAAGCUAAUUGUGUCAUAUGCUAUAGAGGCAAAUGGAAGACCUUCAAAUGAGAAGCUUACCAAAGCUGUUCAGCGGAAUUUUGGUGGAUUUGAUUCCAUUGACAUUCUUCAAAUAUUCUGGGAAGUUUUUGGUCAGAAAACUGAAAAAUGUGACACAAUUUCAUUGCUCAGAGAAAACCUGACAAUAUGCACAUCAGGUUUUACAUCCAGGUAUCUUCUCUUACCAACAACAAACCAUGCAGCGCUACAAAUUCUGAAACUGCAGGGAAUUAUCAAUGAAGAAAGCACUGAGGUCAUCUUUGGAUCGGGAUUCCCACAUGAUGAAGAGUAUUCCCAAGUGUGUCGAACUGUAAACAGAGUGAAGACAUGCAUGGAAACAGGGAGAGCAGUCAUACUGCUGAAUAUUCAGAGUCUCUAUGAGAGUCUCUAUGAUGCCCUGAAUCAAUGUUACGUCAAGUUAGGGGGGAGUUACUAUGUGGAUCUUGGGCUUGGGUCCCAUCGUGUGAAGUGCAGAGUAAAAGAUGAGUUCCGUCUCAUUGUCAUUGAAGAGAAAAACACUGUAUAUGAACAGUUCCCUACUCCACUUCUGAACCGUCUGGAGAAACACUGUCUGGAGAUCAGCAACAUCUUCCCACCCUAUGCUAAGGAAAUGCAGAAUGAACUGGAGAACUGGUUGAAGACACUUGUGACAACUGACAUGUAUCAAUCGGAAGAAGUGUCAGACAACUCAAGGAAAAAGCAUGACUGCAUUAUAGGAUACACGGAAGACACAUGUGCAUCUGUACUAUUACAUUGUUGCCCAGACAUUGUUUCCAGACAUUAUGAACUGCACGAUUCAGACAGAACAGAUGAACUGGAUGAUUCUGGCAGAAAAUACAUUCUUGAUUUGGCAAAGGAAAAGCUACUACAGUGUGCAACUCCUGACGCAGUGUUGAAAGCUUCAAAGUAUCCUUGGCCAGUUCAAGACACCUUGCUAAAGGUAUAUUUUGUCAAACAGCCUCAUGGGAACAUGAUGAAGACCCUGAUGGAAUACAGAGAACACCGCGAAGGACUUAAUCUUGAGGUGUCCACAUUUUCCCGUCUCCUGAAUAAAAGAGAUCUGGAGCAAAUCAACAACCAGCUCAACAUUGGAGAGAAUGACUCUUGCCUCUACCUGCUCAAUGAGUUUUACACAGAGCAGUCGUUUACUCAGACCCUGAGGGACUUUCUUGUAGCUGAUACAGGAACACGCAAGCUGGUACUGUUGCAGUCUUACUUUGAGUGUGCAAAACAAAGUCAGCGCAUUCUGUUUUGUGUAAGACAUAAUAUAACUCACCUUAGAAGCGUGAUGAAGGAAACACCUGCGUUUGAUGUUGUUCUCAUCACAAGAUUACCAAGAAUUUCAGGCGGAUGUGGCUACAUUGCCUCUUUUGGGGAUGAUUGGAAGUCACUGCAUCUCGAUGAGCUUAUUCCAACCUCUGGGUUUCCUGGUGACAUAUACCAGCUACAGAGUAUGACCGUCUCAGAGAUCCUACGAGAGAGUUCUGCCUCAUGCUUUGUGGUAAAUGACUCCGAUGGAUGUGAAGAAAGUACAAAAAGAGAGGUGGCCCUGGUAGACACUGUGUUGCUGAUCAAGAAGUCUCUGCAGAAAGGCAUUUUGCAGCUGCAAGAUAAAGAAGAUAAUGCCCACAGGGCAACAAAACGCAUAGAAAUUCUGCACGGCUUGCUUCAUAACAAAUAUGCAGUCUCAGAAGACUUCAUCACAAUAUUGCAGAGAAGAAUCAUCAGCAUCCUUUCAGCACAAGAGAAAGGGGAGAAUUGGGUCACUACCCAAGCUUUGUCUGGGCACUUUGUUGUUGAGGGAGGGUCCUUCAGACAUGUGCUGUGGGUUCACCUGGAAGACACUGUGGCAUCUGCCUUGGCCCAAAUCCUGGCAGUGAUUGAUGGGGACAACAACCUUGACAACCUCAUCAAUGAUCCAUCUCCUGAGAUGGUGGAUCUGUGGCUCAAGAUAUUUCAAGAAGAUCAGUGGGACCUGCUCAACAUCCCAGCUACUCAAUCUCAAGGGAAGGUGUGUGUUGUGUCAAGUACAAGACUGAAUAAUAAGUCGAGGUCCUGCCUUUUCCCAUUUGGCUGGGUGUUGAAAGAGAAACUACAUUACCUCUGGUCAAAUUUGAUCAAUCUUAAAGGCCCAUGUCCUUACCCACCUCUGGAGUACCUGGAAAAAUUUGAAGAGCUCAUUCCCCUGGACUGGGUGAAAGACAUCAAGGGAAGCAGUGAAUUGUUUGCCCGGUUCUCUGAGGACCUGGUGAACAUGACAAUGACAGCAUACCCAAAUGACUUAAACAAGUCUUUCUCUAACACACUUCUUGAGCUGACCCCACGCCUCUAUCAUGAGUUAACUGGAAAAGAUCCAGAGAAUGUCUCUCUUCCCUGGCUGUUUGUUGCCUACCAGUACAUGCAGGACAACCAUCAGCACUUCUACAAGUUGUACCUCCAGAACAAUGACCUGGUGGAUGCUGGAGAGGCAACAGAGGCAUUAAAAAGGACAAUUGAAAGCCUCCAGCCAAAGGAAGACAUGAUGAAGGACUUUGCUGGCUGCCAGGACUGGAUAAAGAAAGUUAAGUCAUUGUCGAUGUCAGUGGAAGUGAUGCUCUCUGAAAACUCCCUGGUGACAAGACUGAGAGAAAAUGGGAUGCAAGUCUUCACAAAAAUCAGACUUUUUUGGCAAAGCACCAGGAUUAUGUAUCUUCUCAUGGACCAUCUUCUUCAAAAUGAGACAGACAUGGAGAAAAAACUUUUAACACUUCUUGUAAGAAAUCUGAUUUGGAUGUGGAAGAACCUUAACACUGAGAAUGGGAACAACAUUGAAUAUGUGAUUGAGAAGGUCACAGGAACACUGACAAAGUGUGGAAAGAAUGCUUGCAAUAUGUUCAUGGUUAACUGUGCAUAUUGUGAUAAAGAAUUUACAGAGGAUGACACUGCUAAAGUGGAAUGUGGACACAUGUUUCACCUGUCAUGCCUGACGGAACACAGUGACACAAACUGCAGGAAAUGCAAGAAAGAGAUAAGCACUGAUUACAAACAGUGUGGAGUUGUGGACAAGGAAACUUUUCUGAAAGUGAACCGAUUCAGGAGAAAGUGCAGCUCUUUUUUUGUUGAGUUCAUGUGGAACUUUGUUCCUACCAAAGCCAAGCUGACCGACAAAAUAGUUGAAGAGCUGAUGAACUAUGUGAGAGGCAGCCCAUCUGCAGAAGAUAAAAAAUCUGAAAAGUCAACACUAGAGGAGUGUCUGAAGCCUGACCCUGCAACUUACUCUCUUGUGCUGAAGAUUUUAUUGAGAUGCGGAAUGGAGGAGUCAGCUGCUCAGCUGCAGAAGUUCAUGGAUGCAGCUUUGUGCUCCUGUAAGGACAACACGGAGGAGCUCUACUUCAUGAUAGUGCGCAGCAUAGAAGAUCACAUCCACUCAUCGAACCGAGGAUGUCUUAUCCAAAAGACACAAGAGUGUCUCAGCACCUGCAUGUUGAGCGGAUCUGACCCAGAUAACAUCACUGCUGAAGACCUUCAUACAAUUGCAAAAUUAAGAUUUUCUAUAUCAGUAACCUCUGACGUGAUAUGCAACGUGCUAGCAGAACGUGAGCAAGUGAUAACUGAUAAGGGAAAUGAGCAGCUGCUUCAGAGUUUGCAAAAGCUCAUAUCUGACUCAGACAAUCCAUGGAUUCAGAUUUACCUACUGAGAAACCUGUGCAAAAUAAAUGGGUUCAGCAUCAUUCACCCACUGAGUGAACGUUUUAAAUGGGCUGUACCCCAUGGAUGCUUCACAGAGCAGGACACAUCAGCUGAGCAGAUAGAUCCAUUCUUCAUGUAUGGGGACCUGUAUGAACGCAUAAUGCUUGGCACAAUUGAUCCAUCACAGCAUAUUGCAGAGGGUGAUAGGAACUCAGAAUGCUUCCCUGUGUGCAUGGCAUUGGCAGCUGUCAAACAGGCGACACAAAACAGGAUGCUAUUAGGCAGUGAAGAUUCACUGAUUGAAAAGAUGAAGGUGGAGCCCGACACAGAUGUGAGAUGGGGGCGCCUUGUCAGAAUCUGUGAGAGAGUGACUGAAGGCGCUCUAGCAGAGCUGAGCCCCGGUCUGUCUCAGAUUGUGCUCCACACAGCUGUAGUGGUACACCAGUCUCAAGCCCCUGAGAUUGCACUCCUGCGGACUCUGUGCUUCAGGCCUAAAAAUGCCAAGGACUUCUAUUUGCCCACAAUGCCAAGUUCAGUAUAUGAGAUAAUGAAUUGGGUUAAGCCCACAAAUGAGAAUGACAAGAAUACGGUUUGGAGCUGUCAGUGUGGUGAGCCUGUUGUAAUUGGUGAUUGUGGGAGACCCUAUGUAAUAGAAAAAUGCAUUAGCUGCGGCCAAGAUGUUGGUGGUGAGAGGCACAAACCAGUUGAGGGUUUUCAAAAGACUGAGAAUGGAGAGGGUAGUGGAAGAGGCCAUAACCUCGGUGACCCUGAGAAUCGGAAAGAUCAGGAAGGAGAGCGCAAUCUUUUUGGGGCUCACCUUCUUCUGGUCAGAGCCCUCAUUCAUUCAGCGUUGAUUUGGGGCUCAGUGGACCAUUCUGAGGAAAUUCAAAACAUCAUACAGUUUGAAUCAACCAAUGUAAGAGCACACCUGUGCUGCCACCUCCAGAAAGACAUCGACUUACUUGCCAGUUCUCUAGGAAAAAGUAUUGAGGAUGCAGAAACUGCUGUCCACUUAUUCCUGAAACACAUCAUGGAGAGUAAAACAGUGAUAAGUCUUUCAACAGGUGAUGUAGAGGAAGAAGAGGAUGAACAAAAAGGUGAGAAAGAAGAAGAGGUGGAGCAAGAAGGGGAAGAAACAGAGGUGGAAGAAGUUGAAGUGGAAGAGGAGGAGGAAGAAGAAGAGAUGGAUAGAUUUGAAGUGGAGUUGGACGAGGAAGAAGAGGAGGUGCAAUUGUAUGUGGACUCAGACGAGGAAGAAGAGGAGGUGCAAAUUUAUGUGGACUCAGACGAGGAAGAAGAGGAGGUGCAAAUUUAUGUGGACUCAGACGAGGAAGAAGAGGAGGUGGAAUUUGAAGUGGAGGAGGAGGAAGAAGAAGAGCAACAUGACAACCUUGCAGAUGCAGACAACAGAAUCGCAACCACUGAAACUGAAGAGAAGAGAAUGGAUUGGGAAACAUCAAUCCAUCAAAAACUACAGACCUUAUUUGUGGACUUUGAGGACCAUUUCUCCAGUAUGCACAACAACAUUCUCAGAAAGGGAGGGAUGAACAAACUAGCCCAGAUAGUCUACAGCCCAGUGCCUGAGUUGACGGAUCUUCCCAUCACAGGCGUGUGUAACCUGCCCCUAAUGUGGAGAUUUGAGCAGAGGAUGACAAUUCAGCUGCUCAAACACCUCAUCGAGCAGAAAGACGAGUGGAAAAACCUGCCAGUGCUCACAGAGCUCCUGAAAAAUUCUAUCCACAUACGGUACAUCAGAUAUCUGCCUCAAGUCCUCAGCCUGCAGCACAAACUGAUGCAUCACUUUCGCAAUGUGGAUCUGCAAUGCUACGAGAAUGUGUCAAUCAGGACCUUCAUUGUAGAGAAUAUUCAAGAUGAUGAGGUCCAAGUUUUCAAUGAACAUGUGGAUAUUGUGAAGAAAAUAUGGGGCCAUUUGACAACAAUUGAAUACCCCAAAAUGUCCAAAGAUAUGAUGGACAAGAAAGCGGAAGACUUGAUGAUCCUGGACCUUCUACCCAGACAAAAAUCUGCAAUUUACAUAGUGACAGACUACCUUGUCAGAAUGCAGAAUGACUGUAUAAACUGUGCCAACCCAAAAGAAAACAGGUUCAUCAAAACUAGUGAAGUCAAGCAUUCCCAUGUGAUUGACUGCACCCCUGAACAAGACUUCUUGACAAUUGCGAUGUCCAACAUUGACCAUGUGGUGUGUGAGGAUGGAACAGAGAGCACCAACUACAACUUUAAGACCCUGGAGAGACAGAUAAUCGACCGCUUCUUUACAGAGAAACCAAUCAUCAAUGUUAUGACAAUUCCGUCAUUCGAGUACAACACUGGAACAACCCUUCGCGCUUUCUUCAGCACGGUGAAAGAACGCCUGGAGCCUUUAAACACCAAUGAGCGGAACAGCAUCUUGAAUGACUUCAGGUUCCUGAAUGAGAUCUCAGCUGCCCUCUCUACACUGAAAAUUGCCAUUGGGUUUAUGCAGCUAUCAUUCCCUCCUCCUGAGGAGUACCUGGUGACCUACCUGAAGAAAGAUCUGAAGCUGGAGGAUAGAACACACACCCUCAGCUUACCGGUGCUGAGAACCAGCAGGGUGAAGCACAUCCAGUCCCUAUGGGAGGUGCUCUCCCUGAGGCAGUCCUCCCUGUUGAUUGAGAUGAAUCAGAAUCCAUUCUUCAUGAUAGAGUCAGGUUUUCAUGAGGCGUUUUCUGAGGACCAGAGGAAGGAAGUCACCCCAAAACUGGCAAACCUCACCAGAGAGGACCUCUUCAUUACAGAACUGCACUAUGUCAUCAUGAACAUCCAUCUGAAGGAUGUCUCUCCUGACUGGAGCUUGGAAGAGACAUUUGAUGCCUUUGUGGAUUCUGGGGAGAUUGAUGAGAAUGUGAAGAAGAGUGUUGAGUCUCUGGAGCUGGACCUGGAGAUGAAGAACAGCAUUGCUCUGUGGAAAAUGGUUGUUAAAAUGAAGAGAGGCCUCUCUGGAUGAUGCCCACACUGACCUUCCACAUUCUAUAGCUACUUCACUUUUUGUUUCGUUUAAGCUUUUAAAUCGCAAAGCAUAUAUUUCAGCAAUCCAUUAAGCAUUUAUCCUAUAACAAAAAGAAUCUUGAUAAGUUUAACUUCUUUGCCUUUAAAUAUGUUAUUGACAUUCAGUAGAUUCAAAAGACACCCUAUUAGAAAGAAAUCAUGAUUUGAAUUUGGGUUAGUUAAUAAUUACAUGGGUUGUCUAUUUUUCUUUCACUGCUAUUUAGAAUGUGUUCUUACACAGGGGCUUUGAUUUGGUGAAGGGUUAUUAUGUUAUCUCCACAUGCUAUAGCAGCUAUACAUUGAAAUUAACUAUAUAAUCUUACUAUUCUGCUCAACAUUAUAUCAGUUGGCGUUUUUUUGUCUCGCUUCCACAUAAAAUAUAAUAUGGCUCCUGAAAUAUUGAGUUAGAUUUACAUGCACUGCUCCAUCAUGUGUGUAAGGAUUUUGAACAUGUUUCUAUACUUAGUUAUAGUAUAUAGUUAUAGUUACUUUUGUUUGAUUUGAUUGGGUGUAUCGUUGAUCUGCUAUUCUGCCAUGAUUAAUAAACUGAUUAAAGCAUU